AAUAUGGUAUACUGGAGUCUUCUCUUGAAAUACAAGGCGGCUUUUAGGAAUUAGGGUCCCUUCUACCAAACGGAGCGCAAUUACAGGCAUGGUGCCUGCUAGGCAUGGGAGAUCAGGGCGUCCAGGACAAAACUCUGGACUCGCCCACUCUAACCCACUGUCAGCCCGGGUACCUAUAGCCAGCCAACUGAGUCAAUUUGUCUAUGAUUGGUUUGCGGCAAGAGCCAAGUGGCUCACAGCCUAUUGAAUAAUAGAGGAGGCGGACCUGAGGCGAGGUUGGGACCUAACGUGAAUAAUAGAGGGAAAAUGAUGGACAUAAAGUUGAGCCUAUGGAGGCCAAGGCGGACCGGGAAUCUAACUUCACCGAAAGGGCAUGGACUGGGUGUUUGGCUGGUUGCUAAGGAGAGGUUGGCGCUACCGGAGCAUGAGAGUGAUUGGUGGACGUAAGAAAAGAUGUAGCCAAUGAAAGGAGAGCUGCGAGACUUAGGGCCCAAUCAGUGAAGGGGAGUAGCCUGGACCGUACCGAUGUGUUCAUUAGGUAGGGGGAGCCCUUGGAAAAUUAUAGACCAGAGGUUGACAAGGUGAACCCUGGAAGCAAAGAAUAGUGAAAAUGUAAUUUAUAUUUCUCCUAAAAUGGAAGUAAUGAGGAAAUUAACUUAUGCUUCUAGCCUCGAUAGGAAUGUGAUAGAGAAUUUCCCCUGUAGGUUCUUCGUAUGGUGCGCUCCGCUGGAUCACGUGAGCCAGUUCCAAGAUGGCGGCAGGGGUGGCCGGGUUGGGGGUUGAGGCAGAGGAGUUCGAAGAUGCGCCUGAUGUGGAGCCGCUGGAGCCUACGCUUAGCAACAUCAUCGAGCAGCGCAGCCUGAAGUGGAUCUUCGUCGGGGGCAAGGGUGGAGUGGGCAAGACCACCUGCAGCUGCAGUCUGGCAGUCCAGCUCUCCAAGGGGCGUGAGAGUGUGCUGAUCAUCUCCACAGACCCAGCUCACAACAUCUCAGAUGCUUUUGACCAGAAGUUCUCAAAGGUGCCUACUAAGGUCAAAGGCUAUGACAACCUCUUUGCUAUGGAGAUUGACCCCAGCCUGGGCGUGGCGGAGCUGCCUGACGAGUUCUUCGAGGAAGACAACAUGCUGAGCAUGGGCAAGAAGAUGAUGCAGGAGGCCAUGAGCGCAUUUCCCGGCAUCGAUGAGGCCAUGAGCUAUGCCGAGGUCAUGAGGCUGGUGAAGGGCAUGAACUUCUCGGUGGUGGUGUUUGACACGGCACCCACGGGCCACACACUGAGGCUGCUCAACUUCCCCACCAUCGUGGAGCGGGGCCUGGGCCGACUUAUGCAGAUCAAGAACCAGAUCAGCCCUUUCAUCUCACAGAUGUGCAACAUGCUGGGCCUGGGGGACAUGAACGCAGACCAGCUGGCCUCCAAGCUAGAGGAGACUCUGCCCGUCAUCCGCUCAGUCAGCGAGCAGUUCAAGGACCCUGAGCAGACAACUUUCAUCUGCGUAUGCAUUGCCGAGUUCCUGUCCCUGUAUGAGACAGAGAGGCUGAUCCAGGAGCUGGCCAAGUGCAAGAUCGACACGCACAAUAUCAUUGUCAACCAGCUUGUCUUCCCUGACCCCGAGAAGCCCUGCAAGAUGUGUGAGGCCCGCCACAAGAUCCAAGCCAAGUAUCUGGACCAGAUGGAGGACCUGUAUGAAGACUUCCACAUCGUGAAGCUGCCGCUGUUACCCCAUGAGGUGCGGGGGGCAGACAAGGUCAACACCUUCUCAGCCCUCCUCCUGGAGCCCUAUAAGCCCCCCAGUGCCCAGUAGCACAGCUGCCAGCCCCAACCGCUGCCAUUUCACACUCACCCUCUACCCUCCCCACCCCCUCGGGGCAGAGUUUGCACAAAGUCCCCCCUAUAAUACAGGGGGAGCCACUUGGGCAGGAGGCAGGGAGGGGUCCAUUCCCCCUGGUGGGGCUGGUGGGGAGCUGUAGUUGCCUCCUACCUCUCCCACCUCUUGCUCUUCAAUAAAAUGAUCUUAAACUGCUA